UAAGAAGUCAAACCCUAUCAAAGAUCGCAUUAUGACCGUCGGAUCAUUUUGUCACAGCUGCUUUGUAUCGGACCGAAGCUAUUUCUCUUUCCAUUUACAUUGCGCCGCAGCCACUUCUUCUUCUCCCUCUCUCUCGCUCGCUCUCUGCAGCCUUCGCCAACCCUUAGUAAUCUUGAUUUUUCUAGCCCUCGCUUCGCCAUUCCUUCUUCGGCCAACAAUGCCAGGAGAGGAAGUUAACCCUAAGGCGUAUCCUCUGGCCGAUGCGCAGCUCACGAUCACCAUUCUCGACCUUGUCCAGCAAGGCGCUAAUUACAAGCAGAUCAAGAAAGGAGCCAAUGAAGCGACAAAGACUCUGAACAGGGGUAUCUCAGAGUUCGUUGUGUUGGCAGCGGACACUGAGCCGCUUGAGAUCCUUCUACAUCUUCCCCUGUUGGCUGAGGACAAGAAUGUUCCAUAUGUUUUUGUCCCGUCCAAGCAAGCGCUUGGCAGAGCAUGUGGUGUCACUAGACCUGUCAUUGCCUGUUCUGUGACAACUAAUGAGGGAAGCCAAUUGAAGUCUCAAAUACAUCAACUUAAGGUAAUUUUCAAUUUGGCCUUUUCAGUAUUUCUUAUAGGUGAUUUUUAUCUUAUGUUGCCACUUUUGUGGUAUUCUUGUCUUAAUUCUAAGAUGCUUUACUAUAAAAUGCAGGAUGCCAUUGAGAAGCUCCUGAUCUAGACUGUUAAGACUGCUAAAUUCAGUGUGAUGGGCCUCUUCGAUCAUAGCAGUCGCAUCUCUAGAGGCUUUGACUGAUGAACUUGUGCCAUUAGAAAGAUGUUUUUCUGUUGAAUUCUGAAAAUUUUUAUUUAUGGGAUGCAAGAAAGAAUACUCAAAAAUUAUAUUUGCAUUUGUCAAGAUGAAUGAUGUUGAUGUUGUAAGCUUUAUAAGCCACUAGAUUAAUGUGAUUUGUUCUCUUAAUGUCGUUUUUGUUUCAA